CCGGAAUAUCAAAGAGUAGUAACAAAAUCGUUCGGAAAUAUUAGUCAAAUUCCUGUGUGAGAAUGGGAGAAAUUGUCCCUUAUCAUUUCGAUAAUGCCACGACCGAUGAUAUUCAGCAUCGGUGUCAACCGUUUCAACUGGAGUGGAUAUUUGGUUUCAACUCCCGGAUUCCUUUAGUUAACGUUACUAAUGGUAAACAACCAAAAGAACUCGUGCUGGCAUCCGGAAAUUCAAUAAUUUUCUACAAGCUGGAAAACGAUAUACAGUCCGCUUACACUUUAGUUGCUCACAGAUCCUGCGUAAACAUGAUCACUUCGGAUGGUACCGGUCGAUUCGUGGUGUCCUGCGACAGUUUCUAUUGCAUAAAUGUUUGGGACAGAGAAGCUGUUCCAGGAGCGGCUCCGGUAGCCAUUCGUACGAUUUAUGAACCGUUUAGAUCACCCAACGAAAUCAACGCGGUCGGUAUUAGUCACGAUGGGAGGUAUCUUCUAGCCGCCUGCAGUGGCACACAUUAUCAGCUUCAAGUGUGGCAAUGGACGGUUGGGAAUGAUAGUCCUGACGAUAUUAUCGAUCUCCCUUCGAGGUUGGGCAAAAUUAAAAACAUCUCGUUUUGUACUGAUUUAGGUAAUAAAAAUCAUUUUGUGGUGACGCUAGAGAAUGCAGUGAUAUUUGGAUGCUUCGAUACAAAAAAUCAAAGGCUCGCUGUGGAAGUUCCCAAAAAACAUGGUUUUCAGGAUUACAACGAUUCAACUUUUGUGCAGGAAACAACGAGGGCAGUUUCGGUAACAGCAGCUGGUAUGGCAAUCGUCUGGAGUGAUGAUAAACAAAUCAGAGGUCCCAUUAGGAAACAAUUUCUUAAGUAUCUGCACCUGAAAUAUGCAUCGAUAAAUGUGAUCAAGUGUUGUGAUCAGAAAAUAGUAACCGGUGACGAUGAUGGGGAAAUCCGCUUUUACGACAUUCACAUGAGAAUUCUGUACUGGUUCAAACAGGAAGAACCGGAACCGAUUCGAACCAUUUCAUUCGAUGCUUCUCCAAGAAAGUUUGUGUUGGAUACUGAACAACAACAGCCGGUGGAUGAAGACACGGAAGUUCUUUGCCUAGAGUCAAUACCACGCGAUGUGUCCUUGGAGAGUAACCCAGUGAUCAUUCGAAACUUCGUUAUGGCCACCAAAUCUGGACGAAUCUUCCAAGUAGACAUAGUACAAAAUAAAAUUCAGGAACUGUAUUACAAUUCCGGAACCAUAAUUACAUCUUUUGAUGUUCACCCAACCGAACCUUUUUUAUGCUGUUGUGAUGGAAAUGGCAAACUCACCUUGUACGACCUUGGAAAUAAACAAGCGAGAAUUAGUUUACUCGUUCCGAUCCAGCGUACCCGUCGUGGGCGAAUAAUGCUUUUGCGCUACUCUCCUUGCGGAACAUUUCUUGUUGGCGGUGCUGAGAAUGGAUACAUUUGGUUGAUAAACCCGUCCACGAUGAUCAUUAGUGGAGAGUCUCCGGUGCAGUUCAGCAGUGAAAAAAUCAAUCAGCUGAUGUUUUCACCUGAUUCCAAGAUAAUUGCAGUCACCGACAUCAGAGGUUCCAUCGGAAUACUACAGCAUGAUAGCGAAGGUUGGAAAGUGAUCGGAAGAAAUGUCACUCAUAAAGUUGUUGAUAUGCUUUUCGCUUCGGAUACGAAGAUGCUGACAAUUGGAGAUGACAGACAUUUAGUUGAAUAUAUAAUCGAGCUAGGUGAAAGCUUGCGAAUAGAUUCAUUGAUCAUUGGAGAACGAUUCCGGAUAGAGCAAUCUGCUCACACGAUCUCGAUGAUGUUGCUACCUGCGGAUCGAUUGUUGGUGGCAAAUGACCAAUUUAAGUUCAAAAUUUUCAGCCUCCAAACAUUCGACAUCAUACAUACUUAUCUGGCACCGUUUGAGGAUGGUCCUGCUCGAUCCCUUUGUUUGCUACCGGGAGAUCAUUUUUUCAUCUUCAUGACUGAAAAAAACCUUUACAUUCAUCAGCUUCCUAUCGAUGGCAACCCAUUUAAAUUCAUGUCACUAUUCGCUCAUCCGAAAACUCUCAAAGCGCUACGCAACGUGAAGGACCACUUUGUGUUUUGCUACGGCGAAGGUGAUCACGCCGUCAGCAUGUGGAGGAUUAACACCAUCCCAUUGAUUGAAAACCAGAAGCAUAGCGGAACCGGAUUGGAUCCUUAUUGUUCACUUCUACCGGGUGGAAAAACGGGAUGCUACGUGAAGGAAAUGCUGUGUCUGUUCUUCUACAAUCAAAUUUCACCGAAAAACACGGAAGGGGAUACGGAAAUAACGAUACGGGAUGCAAUGGAUCGACGAGACGUUCCGAACUAUUUGCGAAGCAUUGGAUUCCACAUGACUCAAUUCGAGGAAAACAAUCUGAUGAAGGAAGUCGAACAACAGGGACAAUAUUUCUUAACCUUCGAGGAAGUGGUCAAACUAUUUCUGAACCAUCGAACCCUCGCAAGCCCGAGCUGCGAAUACGUCCAAACGGCACUGAUCUAUAUAAGCAAAGGAAUCUUCGAUACAGUGAGCUUAACAUCCUUCAACGAACUGCUAGGCUCACUCGGCGAGCAGAUCAAUGCAAAAUCUUUGGACUUCUACUGUACAGUUUUGUUCCCCGAAUACGCCCCAAAAGAGAAUGGUUCCAAUGAUUCCAACGAUUUCCUCGUACCACUCGAUGAAUUUGCUGAUAAAUUGUGCUGAUAUUGGCAGUAACUAAUACACAACGCAAGUGAUUCGAAACUACCCGUCAUCGGAAACUGAAUCAGCUUCUGCUAUGGCAAUUGAAAAAACAAUAUCGCACGACAGUUUGGAGAUAAUCAGGAAUGAUCUCUUAUCUAGGAUACGCU